UUACAAGAAAAUCAUUAUUUGAUCGUACAUUUUGUCUAUCUAAAUUAAUUUUUACCUAUAUAUUUCCAAUAUUUUAUCAAGGUUUUAAAAAUAAUGGACUUGAUUUUCAAGAUCUUUAUCGUUGUCCAAAAGAUGAUGAAGCAGAAAAAAGUCUUAAUCAAUUAAAAAGAAGUUGGACAAAAGAAUUAAUAAAAGAAAAACCAAAAUUAUGGCGUGCAUUAUUAAAAGCAUUUGGUCCAUCAUUUAUAAUACCAUUAUUUUGUUAUAUAUUUGAAGAAUGUUUUAUACGUAUUGUACAACCAUUUUUACUUGGUCGUGUUAUUAGAUAUUUUUCAAAUGAUGAAACAAUUACAUAUGAAGAUGCAUGUUGGUCAGCAGCCGGUGUAACAAUUUGUACAGCAUUUUUCAUAUCAUGUCAUCAUCCAGCAAUGAUACAGGCAAUGCGUAUCGGUAUGCGUAUGCGUACCGCAUGUUGUUCGCUAAUGUUUCAAAAAGCAUUACGUUUAAGUCGUGCAUCUGUUAAUCAAACUGCCGUAGGACAAAUUGUUAAUAUUAUGUCUAAUGAUGUUAAUCGUAUGGAUGAGUUUAGCAUAUUUGUAUCAUAUAUGAUUGUAUCACCAAUACAAAUGUUGAUUGUAAUCUAUAUUCUAUUUGAUUAUAUAAAAUGGACUUGUUUUGUUGGCCUAGCCUUAUUAUUCCUGUUAAUACCAAUACAGGUAUAUAUGGGUCGAUUAUUUUCACGUGUACGUUCCAAUACUGCCCGACAAACUGAUCAAAGAUUACGUUUGAUGAAUGAAAUUACAUCCGGUAUUCGUGUUAUAAAAAUGUAUUCAUGGGAAAAACCAUUUGCAAAUCGUAUUGCUGAUGCAAGAAAAACCGAAGUAAAAUACAUACGACAAGCAUGUUAUUUGAAAGCAAUAAAUUUAUCAAUGUUUUUUGUUGCAACACGUAUUGUAUUGUUUGUUUGUUUUAUAACCUAUGUAUUGGUUGGUAAUCAAUUAACAUCGGAAGCAGUAUUCGUAUCAAUGGCAUUAUUCAAUACCUUGCGUCUGACGAUAACAUUUUUCUUUCCAAAUUCAAUCGGCCUGGCUUCGGAAUUAUUAAUCGGCUGUAAACGUAUUGAAAAUUUUCUUUUAUUAAAAGAAAUGGAAUGUAUUCCGGAUCAACAGCAACAGGAAAAAUUUAAAAAAGAAAAUUUUCAACAAAAACAUUGUUCAGAAAAUGAUGAUAAAAAAUGUAAAAAUAAUAAUCUUGAAGAUAAUCUGAUAACACCGCCACCAGCGCAACCACCACCAUUGAUCAAUGAACCAAAAUUAAUAAUCAAUAAUAUUGUUGCAAAAUGGAGUCAAGAAUUAAUGCAACCAACAUUACGUAAUAUUAGUGUACGUUUAAAAUCUGGUGAUUUAUUAGCGGUAAUCGGGCCAGUCGGUUCAGGUAAAAGUUCAUUUUUAAUGAGUAUAUUACGUGAAUUACCAAUUGAAUCAGGUAAAAUUGAUAUUGAAGGAUCAAUAUCAUAUGCAAGUCAAGAUCCAUGGUCAUUUAAUGAAAGUGUCCGAAAUAAUAUCUUGUUUGGUAUGCCAUUUGAUCAAAAACAUUAUGAUCAAGUUAUAAAAGUUUGUGCAUUGGAAAGAGAUUUAACAUUAAUGCCAUUUGGUGAUCGUACAUUAGUUGGUGAAAAAGGUGUAUCAUUAAGUGGUGGACAAAAAGCACGGAUUAAUUUAGCACGUGCAAUAUAUCGUAAUCCAGAUAUUUGUUUAUUAGAUGAUCCAUUAUCAGCUGUUGAUACAAGUGUUGCUGAACAUAUUUUUGAAAAUUGUAUCAUUGAACAUUUGAAAUCCAAGAUUCGUAUCCUAGUUACACAUCAAAUACAAUUUAUACAAAAAGCAACAAAAAUCCUUAUACUUAAAGAAGGUGAUUGUUUAGCAUUCGGUACAUUUGCUGAAUUACAACAAAUGGGUAUUGAUUUUAUGAGUUUAUUGAAUGAAAAAUCUAUUACAAAUGAUAAUGAUGGUAGUGAUCAAAGUGGUGGUGGUGGUGGUCAAGGUGGUGAACAUCAAAAAUUAACCAGUUCAAAUUCAUUUGAUGGUUCAGAAACAUUUUCAACUGAUUGUGCUAUUCGUGGACGUUCACGUACAAUUUCCAGUGGUUUUGAAGGUUUUGAAGUUUUACCAUCAGAUGAUAAUGCUGUUGCUACUGUUGCUAAUGAAAAUCAAAUUAAAAAUAAUAAUAAGGAUGAUGAUGAAACAAAAUCCGAUACAAAAUUAACUGAAGAACAAUAUCAACGUGGAUCGAUUAAAUGGAAAGUUUACCGGGAAUAUUUAAAAGCUGGUUCCGGAAUUAUUUCCUUGACAAUAACGAUUAUAUUUCUUGUAUUAUCACAAACAAUUUUCAAUGGUUCGGAUAUAUUUUUAACAGCAUGGACAAAUAAAAAUCAAUUUGGUGAAAAUCAAAUAUCAGAUCAAGAACAACAUCAAGAUAUUAUAAUAUAUUCAAUAUUAAUCGGUACAUUGUUCAUAACAACAAUUGUUCGUUCAGUAUCAUUUUUUCAAAUUUGUAUGCGUGCAUCUGAACGUCUUCAUAAUCAAAUUUUCGAACGAUUACUACAGGCAAAAGUAGCAUUUUUUGAUCAAAAUCCAGCCGGUCGUAUAUUGAAUCGUUUUACAAAAGAUUUAGGUAUUAUUGAUGAAAUGUUACCAAGUACUGCAUAUGAUUUGAAUUUAACAUUUUCACAAGCAAUCGGUAUUAUUGUUACUGUUUCAAUUGUAAAUUGGUGGUUAAUAUUACCGGCAAUUUUUCUUACAAUUAUUAUAUUUUUUAUGCGUGGUAUUUAUAUUAAAUCUGCACGUGAUAUUAAACGUUUUGAAGGUUUAGCACGAAGUCCAGUUUAUUCACAUAUAAGUACAACAAUCAAUGGAUUAGCAUCGAUACGAGCAUUUGGUGCACAAAAAGCAUUUGAACGACAAUUUUUUAUCUAUCAAAAUGAUCAUAGUGCAACAUGGUUUUUAUUUAUUAGUUCAUCAAGAUGUAUGGGUUUAAUUAUUGAUUGGAUUGCAACAAUUUAUAUUGCUGUUAUUUCAUUUGUUAUUAUGAUGUCAAAAGAUAUGCAAGGUGGUAGCGCCGGACUGGCUAUAUCAUCAGGUUUAAUGUUAGCCGGUAUGACACAAUGGGCUGUAAGACAAUCAGCUGAAUUUGAAAGUCAAAUGACAUCAGUUGAACGUAUUGUUGAAUAUCAAGAUUUACCAAAAGAACCAUUAGCUGAAUCAGAACCUGAAAAACGGCCAUCAAAUGAAUGGCCAACUGAAGGUACAAUUGAAUUUGAUCAUAUGUAUUUACGUUAUUCAGGUAGUGAUAAACCUGUAUUAAAAAAUAUAAAUUGUACAAUAUUGGGUGGUGAAAAAAUUGGUAUUGUUGGUCGUACUGGUGCAGGUAAAAGUUCAUUAAUUGCUGCAUUGUUUCGUUUAACCGAAAUUGAUGGUUCAAUACGUAUUGAUAAUAUUGAUACAAAAUCAAUUGGUUUAAAAGAUUUAAGAAAAAAAUUAUCAAUUAUUCCACAAGAUCCAGUUGUAUUUAGUGGUUCAGUAAGAUAUAAUCUUGAUCCAUUUAAUGAAUAUGAUGAUGAUAAUAUUUGGAAAGCAUUAGAAGAAGUACAACUUAAAACACAAGUUAAUAAUUAUAAAGGUAAAUUAAGUGGACAGAUUACUGAAAGUGGUAGUAAUUUAAGUGUUGGUCAACGACAAUUAAUUUGUUUGGCACGAGCAAUAUUGAAAAAUAAUCGUAUAUUAAUAUUGGAUGAAGCAACAGCAAAUGUUGAUCAUCAAACAGAUAAACUUAUACAGGAAACAAUAAGAGAAAAAUUCAGUGAUUGUACUGUAUUAACAAUUGCACAUCGUUUAAAUACAAUUAUUGAUUGUGAUCGUGUUUUAGUAUUGGAUGCUGGUGAAAUUGUUGAAUUUGAUAUACCAUAUUUAUUACUUAGAAAUAAAGGUAUUUUUUAUGAAAUGUGUAAAAAAACUGGACGUUCAAUGUUUGCUAAUCUUUAUCAAUUGGCAAAAAUUACACAUAAAAAUAAAUUACGUUCAAAUUUGAUGGAAAAUAUGGAUAAAACUAUUGUUGAACCAAUAUUGGAUGAAGAAGAUUUAGCUGUUGUUGAUGAUGAUGAAGAAUUAUUAUUGAAUUCAGAUUCGAAUAAACAAAAUGAU